CUUCAUUUCCCAAUCGCCUGCACUCGAUCACCUCAGCCGUCGUCUCAUUGGCCACUUCUCUGGCACACACACACGCGGCUCUGCCUGGGAACGGUUAUAGAGAUCACCAAAAGACCCAUCCUAACUACACCGGCCAUCAUCUCCAGCCUCCUCAGAGCCUGCCGCCUGGCAGCCUGGGCAAGCUGGACGAGCUGAAGGUGUCCGAGGAGGAGACGCAGGCUCAGUUCGUCCCUUUUUCCAUCACCAUGCCUAGUACCAGCCUCGACUGUCCCUCUCUCGGCCAUCCUCUGUCGGCGGCUCGAGGAUCGCCGUCAUCUGCCGGCCUGUCGCAGGACUCCAGCUUCGGCCUCUUCGGCUACACUCCCAGCCCGUCUGAUGGCACCAACGUGUCUGAACAACAGCUACACACGCGCUCACGUGCCUUAGCGACUCUGACAACCAGUCCCGUCAAGUCGAGGCCAAGCAGCUUCUCUUUGACGACCGACAGUCUGCUCAGUCCAUUCGUCGGAACGACGAGUUCGAGUCCCGCUCGCCUAGACGCUGUUCGGUCCAGGGAACCCGAUCAGCCCACGUCCGACGCCGGAAGUCUUAGAAAAGAGCGCCAAUUGACUGCGGCAACAAGAAGUUGUCCCUUGUCUGGCAGGGCCUCCGGGCAGGCAGAGAAACGUCGGCGACGUGAUCGUGAUCCCGAGCGCCACGAAGCCCAUGACGCCAGCAACGGUCGAGAAAACGGCGGCGGAGGCAAGAGUCGGAAGUCCGGUUUCCAAGCCGGCGUCACUAUCGGCUACACGUAUGAUGCCUUUUUUGUAUCCGACGGCCGGUCGCGGAGGCGGCAUCCCACGGUGGCUGGAGCUCAGACUAACGAAUUCACCGAGUUCCCUCGUUUCGGCGGCAGCGAGUCUGACGACGGAGUCGUUCUGACCGCAAGUCUGCCCUUCGCCAACAAAUGUACUACCCUUUCGGCCACCUCCGUCUCAUCCUCAUCCUCCUCCUCAUCCUCCUCGUCCUCGUCGUCGUCGUCUUCCUCGUCUUCCUCGUCCUCUUCCACGACCGGCUCUGACAUCUCCUCAACAAGCCUACCCACCACUCCACGACCCUGUCCCUCUACACCCGGACCUGGUAUCCUGGGCAACAGUCCCAUUUCGUUGGCCAACUCGCCACACAAUCAGGCCGUAUUCCCCAAAUUCCACUCGCACCAACUGCCUCUUUCACCGCCUUCAGCACCACCACCGCUGCCACAGCAACAGCAACACCACCACCACCACCAUGAUCACCAUCAGCAGCAACAAUGUCAACCACAAGCACAGCCAGCACCACAGCCAACACCACAGCAAACACAAACACAAGCACAACAACAACGCUACGUUUGCAGCGAGUGCGGCAAGCACUACGCCACCUCGUCAAACUUGAGUCGGCACAAGCAGACGCAUCGGAGUCUGGACAGUCAGCUGGCCAAGAGAUGUCCGCACUGUGGAAAGGCCUACGUGUCGAUGCCGGCGCUGUCAAUGCACAUUUUGACGCACGAUCUUCGGCAUCGUUGUGACAUUUGUGGUAAGGCCUUCAGUCGGCCCUGGCUGCUUCAGGGACACCGAAGAGCGCACACCGGCGAAAAGCCCUACGGUUGUGCUCAUUGUGGCCGAGCGUUUGCAGAUCGCUCCAACCUGAGGGCUCACAUGCAGACGCAUUCGGGCCAAAAACAGUUUGAGUGUACGCGUUGUCAUAAAAAUUUUGCCCUCAAGUCCUAUCUUAACAAACAUCUUGAAUCGGCUUGCUCUUUUGCCCCAUCGACAGAGGGGCACAUUCGACCUGGUGUUUGUCUCGAGGCAACAGCGGCAGUUGCUGCGACGGCCAAGAACCAUGACAACGAGGUGGACGGAUUGGAAGAGGGUGAAGUGUUGCUGGGAGAGUCGAUCGAGAGAAAGGACGUUUUUGAGGCUGCUGGGGCUCUAACCUUCAAGGGA